UCUUCGUCUAAGUUUCAGGUUAUGGUUUUCAAUAGGAAUUGACAUUUCCGUAAACGUUUCUGGAACACUAGAAUCCAAAGAUAUUUCGUCUUCUUUGUGUUCCAUGUUACUUGACGAAACAAAUUUAUACGAAAAAUUUUUCAAAAUAUUUCAUUGUACAAAAAAUUUACUGAAAACUCCCGGAACAUCUGACAGAACAAUGACAGUCUGUCAAGAAACAUGCAUUGAUCACCGUCACUAAUUCGUAAAAGAAUUCAAUUGCUUAUCAACUGAAAUUGAAUAGACAUUGACGUGGCUUAUCGUUUUCUUUACUUUCAUACACCACAGAAAAGAUAUAAAAUAGAUAUGUUACACAGUUUGGGGCCUUAGAAGGCCCUUUAUCAUUUUAAUUGUUUCUAAUAUCAUUUAUAUAAUGAUUUAAUACAAAAUAAUAUUAUAAUCCAAAUAAAACAUAAACGCAGACUUGUUUGUGAUUACAAGAAAAAUCAAAACAAACCUAACAUUACAUAUAACGAAUGUCAAUAAGUACAAAACUCCAUAUGUUAUAUUUACAAUUAUAAAAUAUAAAAAUUUAUAUUUUACCAUAUACUUUCAUACAUACAUACAUACAUAAUUAUUAUUAUAUAUUAUAGUUUAUUUUAAUUUUGAUUAUUAUUUAUUAUAGAUAAAAUGUAAAUAGACAAAUGUAGUUAUAUGUACAUAUAUAUAUAUAUAUAUAUAUAAUCAUAUUUUAAAUCAAUAACAUUAAAACUGACACAAAAUAUUUUUAAAGUUAACAUAUACGAUAUAAAUUUUUAUCGAGUGAUAGGUCUAUAUUAUAUCUAAUUGUGAUGUAACUGAUGUUCGUUUAUGUCGCUUCAGUCGUUGUUGAAUAGUAUUGUAAGUAUAUUUGAAGAUCACAUUUCGAUUUAUUUCAAUAAGAAUAUAUUGUGAAAUUAAUAUUUUUGUCUGGAAGAUUAUAAUUAGAAUUAAAAGAAUGGCCAAUGCUUUGUACAAUUUCAUUUUUAAAAGAUCCUCUACAUUUACCAUAGCUAUUAUAGCUAGCAGCUUUUUCUUUGAACGAGCAUUUGAUCUAAUUUCGAAUGAAAUGUUCGAACAGAUUAAUAAAGGGAAACUUUGGAAAGAUAUUAAGGAUCAAUAUGAAAACAAGUAAUGAAAAAUAUUAAUUGUAUUAUAUUAGAUAUACAUAUAUUACAUAGGUAUGAUAUAUUUCCAUAAUUGUAUAAAUAAACAAUUUAUUCAAUGUGACAUAAAUAUGUUUUCAAAUAAUAUUAUAAUAUUUAAUUUAAAUAAUAUUUUAAAUUUUAUUUGUUUAAUAGAAAAAAUUAUAAUAAUAUAUGUUGUUCAUAUAUUCUAAAUACAAUAAAAUUUUAUAAGAAAUUAUAAUUAUAAGAAAGAAAAAAAAUUUAAGUUUCACAAUUAAUAUUAUAUCAAUAUUAUAUCAAUAUUAACAUCAUUAUAAUAUUAUUAUAAUAUUUAUUGUAAUAUUUAUAAUAUAUUAUCAUUAUUAUUAUUCAAAUAAUCAUUAAAAUAGUUAAAUGAAAUAAUGAGAAAGUAAUAUUAUUGCAAACAUUAAAUCAAUAAUCAUAAAAA